CGCCCAGCAGGCCCCAGGUAUAAGGGGCCGCAUGUUUUCGGAGAAGUUUCCUUCCUUUAUGUUCUCCAGUUGAGGGUGCGGUUCCACCGAGGACCUCUUCUCCUGCCGCCUCCUCCCCUCCUCCCUGAACGCUGCCUCUCCAUUGGGGGGCUUGAGACGGACAAGUCGCCGUUCAGCCAAUCAGAGACUCGUCAUGCACUUCCUCCCGAUUCCCGUCUCCAAACGAGGAGGGCGGGGCCGCCCGUCCUCCGACACCUGCCUGGUGUGGCUGCUGGGCCUGGCGCUCCGCCUCUCGCUCUCCUCCUGCCAGAAAAUCGACCAAUCCAAACACCCCAUGGUGACCACCAACUACGGCAAGCUGCGCGGGAUCAAGAAGGACCUGAACAACGAGAUCCUGGGCCCGGUGGAGCAGUACCUGGGGGUGCCCUACGCCACCCCGCCCAUCGGUGACCGCCGCUUCCAGCCCCCCGAGGCCCCCGGCUCGUGGCAGGACGUGCGCAACGCCACGCAGUUCGCCCCCGUGUGCCCGCAGAACGUGCAGGGCGUGCUGCCGGAGAUCAUGCUGCCAGUGUGGUUCACCGACAACCUGGACGUGGCGGCGGGCUACGUGCAGAACCAGAGCGAGGACUGCCUCUACCUCAACGUCUACGUGCCCACCGAGGACGGUCCGCUCACAAAAAAACACGAUGAAUCUGCAACGAACCGACCCAGAGAUGAAGAUAUCCGUGACCGCAGGAAGAAGCCAGUGAUGCUGUUCAUCCACGGCGGCUCCUACAUGGAAGGAACCGGAAACAUGUUUGACGCCAGCGUCCUGGCCGCCUACGGCAACGUCAUCGUGGUCACCAUGAACUACCGUCUGGGCGUGCUCG